GGUGGUAGCCAUUAUUAUUAUUAUUAUUAUCAUCAGAAAAGAAAGAAUGAAGAAAGAGAGAGACAGUACUAUACUCAAUCGUUACUCUCAUCUUUUUCUUCUCUGUUUCUCUCUCCUAGGGUUGUACUUUUAGAGAGAGAAUGGAUUGAAAAUUCAUCAUUCUCUCACUAUUUUCCUUCAUACUAUUCAGCUUCUUUGCUAUGGAGGACAAAGAUUCGGUUACUAAAAUGAUGGACUCUACAUCUUCAAAGAUACAACAGCUGCAAAAGGCUUUUGCUGAACUCGAAAGUUACCGAGCUGUAACUCUUAACUUGAAAUGGAAAGAAUUAGAGGAACAUUUUCACGGGCUGGAGAAAUCCUUGAAGAGGCGCUUUCAUGAACUCGAAGACCAAGAAAAAGUAUUUGAAAACAAAACAAGAAAAGCUCGUGAAAUGUUGGAGAAACAGGAAGCGGCUGCUUUUGCCAAGGAGCAAGCCUCGCUGCAGAGUCUUCAAGAGAAAAGAGAUGUUGCUGUAUUCACCAUUGUAAAUGCCCGAGAAAAAUACAGGAAGGUUUCAUCAAAGGAUUUGGGUAUUGUCUUUAAUGGGAUUCAAGGCCCACCAAGUGUCGAGGAGAAACCUGAGGAUGUUGUGUCCACUGGGGGUGAAGCUAACUUAGAAAGUCUGAAACAUUCUCCUGAAAAUGGAAAUGUGGACAUGAUGUCUUAUCCAGAGUUGGUAAAACUAUGCAAAGAGAUAGAUUCAGCUGGACUUCACAAAUUUAUAUCUGACAAUCGCAAGAACCUUGCUGCUGUAAGGGAGGAAAUACCACUUGCAUUAAAAGCUGCUCCUAAUGCUGCCCGUCUAGUUUUAGAUUCUUUGGAAGGGUUUUAUUCCACCGAAGUGUCAAAUCAGGAUAUAAAGAAGGACGCUAACUUGUUGGGUCUUCGCCGAACCAGUAUCAUGCUGCUGGAAUGUCUAAGUGAUUUCCUAACUGAUUUGGGUUCUGAUUCUAAUGUGGUUUCUGAAGAUGUUAAGGAUAGGGCAAAGGCAGUUGCUGAAGAGUGGAAACCAAGAUUGGAUACUCUUGAUAUUGAUGCUAGCAAUGGAAAUUCCUUGGAGGCUCAUGCAUUUUUGCAACUUCUAGCCAGUUUUGGUAUUGCCUCUGAUUUUAACGAGGAGGAGUUAUCCAGGCUGAUUCCCAUGGUAUCUCGGCGUCGCCAAACUGCUGAUUUAUGCCGGUGCCUUGGGUUGUCGGAGAAGAUGCCUGGUGUAAUUGAAGUUUUAGUAAACAGUGGGCGGCAAAUUGAUGCUGUUAACUUGGCUUUUGCAUUUGGUCUUGCAGAACAAUUUUCACCUAUUCCUUUGCUGAAGUCUUAUCUGAAUGAUGCUAAGAAAACUUCUACUCCAGUCAAGAGUGUAAACUCAUCUUCCACUGCACAGAUUGAGGUUAAUGAAAGAGAGCUGUUUGCUCUUAAGGCCGUAAUCAAGUGCAUUGAAGAACAUAAGCUUGAUAAGCAGUAUCCUAUGGAUCCUCUCCAGAAACAAGUGAUCCAACUAGAGAAAGCCAAGGCCGACAAGAAGCGAGAAACUGAAGUAACAAAACCUCAACCAAAGAGGCCUCGUGCUAAUGGCGUGGGAUAUGGUCCUCGUGUCACUAACGUUCCUUCUGACAAAACCUCCUUUGCUAGAGUUGCUGACAGGUACCCUCAAUAUGUGUAUAACCAACCUUAUUUGUACCCUGGCCCAACUGAAAAUCACUGCACCCCUUUCCUGAGUUCGGCAACCUAUAACGUCUCUCCUAAUCCUGGAAAUUACUUCGGAAAUGGUUAUCAGUAUCAAGCAACAUAUCUCCACUAAUUAGCAGAGAUAGUGAACAGAUAAUUAUGGCCCCUUCUUUUGAUAUUUAGUCUCAAGUCUUAACCCUUAAGCUGUUGUAUGUUGUACUUUAUAUAUGUAAUCUGCAAGAAACCCUUAAACAUGUGAAAUGUCAUGUUAAAAUUAACUUUGGUGCUAAAAGAUAUUCUGCUCCUCAAAUGCACCCACUCUGUUAUCGUUUUAUACAAGCUUACUUUGUUGUC